AUGCUAAAAUCCAAAAUGAGCUCAAAAGACAGAGAUAAUAUUAAAUUAAAAUAUAAAAUAUUAAGUAUAUCAUCCAAUGAUAAAGAUUAUGAUAUUUUAAAUAUAUUAAAAAAUACUGGCAAUAAAGUUCAUAAGCCAUGGCUAAGCGAAAAAAAUAGUAUAUAUCCACAAGAAAUUAUUUUACAAAUAAAACCAGCUAAAAUAAAAUAUUUAGAAUUUUUGUCUCAUGAAUAUACAAUAACCAAGAAAAUUGAAAUUUUUGUAUCAAAUAAUAAUAAAGAUUAUUCUAAAGUUGGUUUUUUUAGAUUUAAUGACAAUGUUUCUACAAGUUAUUGUGCUAGAGAGCUUAAAUAUGUAUAUUUGCCAUGUACUAUAAAAUGUGCAUUUAUCAAAUUAAGACUUCAUAAGCCAUAUAAUAACCACCUAAAUACUUAUUCACAAAUUGGAUUAUACUAUAUUAAUGUUAUUCCUGAAGAAACACGUUUAGUAAUUUCAUCUGAGAUAGAACCUUCAUUAUAUAAAUUAAAUUCUUUAUCAAAAAAAAAAAUUAAAAAUGAUAAUGAUAACUAUAAUUUAGAUUUAGUAAAUAGCGAAACAUUACUAAGAAAAAAAGAAAUAACUAAAAAUAAUAUUUGUAUAAGUGAUAGAAAUGCAUCAGAAAAUAUUUCGGAUGGAGUAUAUCUGGGAAGUUUCAGAAAAUCUCUUUCAAAGUGUAGCAAGAAUAAAAUUAAUGUUUUGUACGAAAAAUUAGAGAACAAAAUAAAAUGUUUUGAAAAUUUAAAAGGUGAAUGUGUAGCAAAAGAGGAGUUCAAUAAGGCAAAUGAACUAAAAAAAAUUGUAAACACUUUUGUUUUUUUAAAAAAUAUAAUUACCUUUUUAAAAGGAAAAAAAAAGAAGUAUGUGAGAGAAGAAAAUUAUGGAAAAGCUAAAAGACUAAAAGAAAAAGAAAUAAAGAUAAAAAUUAUAAUAAAAAAUAUUGAACAAUUAAAAAUUGUCAAUGACUGUUCAAAAAAGUGGUACUAUGAAUGGUUAGUUUUAUAUUAUAAAGAACUUGAAUUUUAUGAAGAAGAGAUAAAUAAAAUUAUGUCUAAUGAAAAUAUAAAAAAUAUAAAAAAAAACUGUGGAAUCUUUAAUCAAAAUAUGGAUGAUAAUGACAAUGAUAUUAACUUAAAUAAAAUUCUAUUGUUAAUUUGCAGCGAUGAUGAAAAAAAGCGAGAAGUGGGAUUUGAUUAUGCCUAUAAACCAUUUGAAGAUCGUGAAAAUAAAAAAAAAAAUUUUUGGUAUAACAAUAUAGAAUCUUUAUGCUUGAUCAUUAGAAGAGGAAUAUCAGAUUCCUCUUAUAAUAUAUUUGUCAAAAGCGUUGUCAUACUAGAAAAAAUGUUAACUUUGUUUCAAGAUUAUUUUUUUAACUUAGUUGACACAAAUUCUCAGAAUUAUACUGAUCAAAAUGAAAAAUAUCUAAAAUGUAUAAUUUCUUCACUUUUAAAGCGCUUGGAUGAUUCUAAUCUUGAUGUUAUAGAUAUUUGUAUAAAAACAGUAAUGAUGAUGCUACACAACAAUUUCACUUCUUUUAAAAAUGUUUUUUCUAUAAUUUUAUCAAUGUUGUUUUAUUUUUUUUCUGCUGAUGUAACAUCAGAAAUAAAUGAAAAGAUAAUUGUUAGUUUGAUGAGUUUUUACUAUUCUUUGAUAAAUAAAUACUACACAUCUGUGAAAAAUGAUAUAAAUUUAAAAAAAAUAUUGGAAAUUAUAUCCUUAUUUCUUGAAGUAGAUCUUGAAUCAAUUAAACAAACAUCUCUUGACUUUUUUAUUAAUAUAUACAAUACUAUAGAAAACCGUGAUGAAUUAUUUGAAGAAUUUUUAUUAAAUGUUUCGUUUGAUACCAGAAAUAUUAUAAUAAAUCGUAUAAACCAAGAAGAAAAAGAAAAAAUAAAAGCAGAAGAAAAUGUCAGUAAAUUUUUAUCCAAAGGGUAUGAUAAUAAUGAAAAAAUACCAGGAAUUGAAAGUGAAGUAUCCAUAAAAAAAUGUAUGCUUAUUAAUGAUGAUGGAUUAUUAAAGAAAAACACCUAUUUAAAAAAGAACUAUUUAAAAACUAAAGUUAUAGAAAACGAAAACAGUAAAGAAAUAAUUAAUGAAACUAGAAAUAUUAGUGACAACAACACAGAAAAAAACAAAAAAGAAGAUUGUGAAACUAUAAAUAAAUAUACGGAGGAUAAUAAAAAAGUUGACAAUUUUCCAAAAUUAACACUUAUGGAAAGUGUCAAUUUAAAAAAAGAAAUGCAUCAUGCAGAAGAUAAGGAUCUAGUAGAAAAAAACAUUAUAGAAAAUGGAGAGAUUAAGAAACCACAUAACAUUGAAAUAAAAAAAAAAGAUACAAGUCAUCUUAUAACAGGAAAUAGUAUGCAUUUAAAUGAAAACAUUAUUAAUAAUAAAAAAAAACAUGACGAUAUAGAAAACAAAAAAAAAGGAAUGAAUGAUGAAGACAAAGUGUCAGAUAAGGGUGAAUUUAAUGCAGAUUCCACAAAAAUAGAUGAAAAUAAUGAAGAUCACGUUCCUCCUUUUACUUGCAAAUAUUGCUAUAGGAUGGAUGAAGGUUUCACAGAAAUAGGUUUAGAAAAACAUUGGAUUAAAAAGUGUCCCAUGCUUUGUGCCUGCCCAAAUUGUUUUUUAAUAGUUGAAUUAGUUGUUAUUUAUGACCAUUUUCUAUCCGAAUGUUCACAUAGUUAUAUGUAUACAUCAUGCGAAUAUUGUAACAAAGUUGUAAAGAAAAAUUUGUUAGAUAUACAUAUAAUGAAUGAAUGUAAUGGAAAAAAAACCGAAUAUCUGUCUUGUUAUUAUUGUUCCCUUUUCAUUGAAUCAUUUGAAAUAGAUAAAUGGAGAGCUCACUUUUUGUCAUGUUCUAAAAAUCCUAGAUUAACAGAAUGA